AUGGUCGAAAAGUACGAGGCGAUGUUCCGCUCUGCGGAAAUGAGCUUGGUUCAACUCUACAUUCCGCAAGAGAUCGGCAGAGACUCUGUCUACAGUUUGGGAGACCAAGGUUUAGUCCAGUUUAGGGAUCUCAACACGAAGAUUCGUGCUUUCCAGAGAACUUUUGUGCCAGAAGUGAGACGUUUGGAUAAUUUGCAAAGACAAUACAGGUAUUUCUACCAAUUGUUGCGCAAACAUGAAAUCAAGAUUUUCGAAGAAUGUGAAGAGGAUACUCCCAAGGGGGCCUUCCGGAUCGCUCCCAGCACGUCUCAGAUCGACGACCAUAUCGAAAACGGGUCGGUGAUCGAAGAACGGUUGCAACAGCUAGCGGAAGCUAGCGAACAACUGGAAUUGCAAAAAUCUAAUCUCGAGCAGUUCCGUCACGUUUUGCAGGCCGGCGACGAGUUUUUCGCAAAUGCCCCGGGUCUCUCGCACGCGGAGUCCCAGGACGAAAGCAUCCCAUCUUCGGUUUCGUUUGUUACUGGUACGAUCCCACGCGCCAAAGCCGGGACUUUGGAACAAAUUUUGUGGAGAGUCUUGAGAGGUAAUCUCUUCUUCAGACAUGUGCAAUUGCCAGAGCCACUCUACGAUUCAAAAGCCAAAACCACGGUUUUGAAAGACGCCUUUAUCGUUUUUUCGCAUGGUGACCUAAUCUUGCAAAGAGUCAAAAAAGUGGCCGAAUCUUUAGACGCUAAUCUCUACGAUAUCAGUGACGACCACGGUGCCCGCUCAAAGCAAUUAAACGAAAUCAACUCUCGUCUUGCCGAUGUUUACACAGUGUUGGAAACCACCAACACUACCUUGGAAACAGAGCUUUACGCAAUCGCCAAGGAAUUGCAAGGCUGGAAUUCCGAUAUUGCGCGUGAAAAGGCUGUUUAUGAAACCCUGAACCUCUUCGACUACGAUUCCAACCGUAAGACGUUGAUUGGCGAAGGUUGGGUGCCCAAAGACGAAUUGGAUGACCUACAAGGACAAUUGGCAAGGCUCACCACCUCGUUGGGUGUGGAUGUUCCUUCCAUUAUCCAAGUCUUGGAAACAAACAAAUGCCCUCCUACUUUCCACAGAACCAACAAAUUCACCGAUGCCUUCCAGAACAUCGUCGACUGUUACGGUAUAGCCACUUAUCGCGAGGUGAAUGCCGGUUUGCCCACCAUUGUCACUUUCCCCUUCAUGUUUGCAGUCAUGUUCGGUGAUAUGGGACACGGUAUGUUGAUGGCCAUGGUGGCCGCGUUGUUGGUCUUUUACGAGGUACCUCUUGGAAAGAUGAAGAGGGACGAAAUCUUUGACAUGGCCUACUCCGGUCGUUAUAUCCUUCUAUUGAUGGGUUUGUACUCCAUUUACACCGGGUUCUUAUACAACGACAUGUUCUCAAAGUCUUUGACUUUGUUCAAGUCCGGUUGGAAAUGGCCCUCUCACUGGAAAGCUGGUGAACCUAUCGAGGCCACAUCUGUUGGCACUUACGUUUUUGGUUUAGACUGGGCGUGGCAUGGUACUGACAAUGCUCUACUUUUUAGCAAUUCCUACAAGAUGAAACUGUCCGUUCUUCUCGGUUUCAUCCAUAUGACCUAUUCGUACAUGUUUGCCUUAGUGAAUGCGCUUUAUUUUGGAAAAUGGAUCGACAUCAUCGGGAAUUUCAUCCCCGGACUUUUGUUCAUGCAAGGUAUCUUCGGAUAUUUGUCCAUUUGCAUUGUUUACAAGUGGACUAUUGAUUGGGUAAAAGAUGGCCGGGUUGCUCCAGGUCUCUUGAACACUCUGAUUAACAUGUUCUUAUCGCCUGGAAAUGUGGACGAAGAGUUAUAUCCCCAUCAGGCGAAGGUCCAAGUCUUCCUAUUGAUUGUUGCCCUAAUUUGUAUCCCAUGUCUGUUACUCAUCAAACCUAUUCAUUUCAAGCUUACCCACUCUGAUAAUGGUUACGAAGCUGUUGAAACGAACGAAGGCCACGAGGGCAACGCAAUCGAGCAUAACGCUGCUAAGAAUGACACUGACGACGAUGACGAAGAAGGUGGUCAUGGUGAAGAGUUUGGCGAUGUUGUUAUUCACCAAGUCAUCCAUACCAUUGAAUUCUGCUUGAACACGGUUUCCCACACUGCAUCUUACUUACGUUUAUGGGCUCUGUCGCUGGCACACGCUCAAUUGUCCACUGUUUUGUGGACAAUGACUAUCCAAAUCGCAUUUGGCAUGACCGGUGUUGUCGGUGUUAUCAUGACGGUCGUCCUAUUUACUAUGUGGUUCGUGCUCACCUGCGUUAUUUUAGUUUUGAUGGAGGGUACUUCGGCCAUGUUGCAUUCCUUGCGUUUGCACUGGGUCGAAUCUAUGUCGAAGUUUUUCGAAGGUGAAGGUACGCCAUACACGCCAUUCCAAUUUCAGCCAGUCGAUGUGGAAUCAAUGGAAUAA